GGCUCUUAAAGGUUCCCAGCAGUUUCUAAUCCCCUCUCUGCCCCACCCACCAGCAGAACAAAACCACACCGCAGACAGCUCCACUUUCCCCUUGGUCUCCUCUCAACAUGUUUCCCCUGCCGCUCUUCGGUCUGCUUUUUAUCUCAGCCUCGGGAUUCGAGCCACCGGCGGAGAAGAAGAAAGAGAAGGAGAGUGAAGAGGAGCCGGAGUGUCAUGGAGGGGAGAAGAGGAAGAGUAAAUAUGACACAAUAUUCACCAGAGGAGACCUGCUGGAGGUUCCCAGGACUCUCUUCAUACACUUUGGGAUUUACCUGGGUGGAGACAGAGUAGCUCAUUUCAUCCCAGACAUCAUGCCCGUCAUCUCCAGUGACCAGUAUCGGAUCAGUCAGAUGGUCUCCAACACUAGACUCCUACUUGGAGUACUGGCUAAGUGUGGCAGUGUGAGGGUGGACUCAGUAGAGGACUUUGCCUAUGGAGCAGACAUACGGGUCAACCCUAUGGAUAAGGUAUUAAGCCACGCAGUGCUGAAAGGGGAGGAUGUGGCCAGAAGGGCAGAGAAGCUAGAGGGAGAAGUGCCCUACAGCCUGCUGUGGUACAACUGUGAACACUUUGUCAUGUACUGCAGAUACGGCACUGUCAUGAGCUUCCAGACAUUUCAGUUCUGUAAGACGAUGAGGAAGCUGCUACUGAGUCAGCGUGUUGCCAAGUCAGCGGCAGUGCUGGCACUGUGUUGGGUGCUUUACCUGCAGGCUGUGAGUCUGUGCUCUGUGCUACUGGCUGUUAUACUGCCUUUCCUCAUCUGGAUGGCCUCAUGAAGAAAAACCAGCCAUUCAAACUUGCAGAAAUUUGCCCCCUGAACAACAAAACAUUCAAAAAGGAAAAUUCAAUAAAAUAUUUAAAGUUCAAUAAGUGUUGAGUCCUGGCAUUUUACAGACUUUUAGUCUGAGUCAUCACCAAGAGAAAAAAUGUUUGGAGUCGAGGAGAACAAGAAAAAUAAGCUUGCCUUAUUUCUUGUAUGUUCAAGUCAUAUAUUAAAUAAAUU